AUGGCCUUGUUGUUCCACGCUUGGUUCCUGAAGUGGAUCUGUGCAUCAGAGAACUUUCAGGAGAGAUGCUUGGAUGGUCAGGCCUUCUUGCACCAUGACGGUGAGAAAGACAUGCCAAAGCCACAGGGACUGUGGAAAGAAGAAGUCCUGGGACCUGAGACGUGGCACAUAGAGUCCAAGGACUUGGAAAACAACAGCACCAAAGGUUUCAGGCAUUUCCACUACAAUGGGGAGCUCUUCCUCUCUUAUGAUCUGAAGAUCCAUGGAUGGACACUUCCCUGGUCCUCUGCUCAAACCUUGGCUAUGGAAAUCAAAAAGUCCUUGGAUGCAGAUGGCUGUCAGAACUAG